UGAAGUAAGGCGUAAUCACGUGACUUUAGUCAAAGCGCGAUAUUCAAACUUUACGUUUAGGUAUUAAUCUUACUUCAGAUUUAGAGCAUUUCCGUUGCUGUGUUUUUUACUGAAAGUUAGUGCAAAACUAUAAGAUGGGUAUAGUCUGAUAAUCGUACUAGCCUCGAACUCCUUUAUAAAAUCCUCCUACUCACUACGCGACCCACUAUCGGUUCACGAUCAGCAAGUAACAAAACAAUUUGCGCAAAUGUUAAAUGUGUCGUCCGAAUUGUCAUCGCAAUGGACUCGGGCUGUGAGAACGAAUCGAUAUCGAUUCGUAACAGUAGCCGCACGAAAUCUAAACAUCGCGAUAAAACAAUAUAAUAAUAAUUGUCUCACAUCUAUGUUAUCACCCCAGUAAUCGGUUCAAGGCUUCGCAGAGAUCGAUGAGUCACUCGUCGUUAUAGAAAAGUUCAUCGCGCGAUAACUUGGACUCUCAGCGCGCAAUAAAAAUAUAUAAACAAAAACGAAAAGGCAAAUUUAAAAAUGCGCGCGCAAAAGGGGCUCUGGGGCUCUAACCACUUUGCACACGCGCGCAGAGUCGUGUUCUGCUUUCUCUCAGUCAGCCCGCGUCACAGCAGCAGCGCGUGCCCCCCCCCCCCCCCACCCACAACAAUAUGAAAACAGACGUGCGCUGCGAUCAACACACGCAUCGGACAGUCGUUCGCUUGCAGCGCAGUAAAUACACAGCAUCGGUAGCCAAACGUUUGGCAUCGUUGUUAUUGCCCGUCGCGCACAGCUAAAAGUGCUGCCCGUAUUAUAAGAACCAAUCGAGAAGUAUAGAUCUUCAUGGGAAAAGAGAGCGUAAUGUGAUGCGGAAAACUUCGUGUUCCUUAUUCUAAGACACAGCGACAGCGUGGUUUCGAAGGAAUAGCCAGUUACUCGAGAGGUUUGGAUUUACACAAUGAACACCACACCGAAGUCUUUCAAGGAAAAGCGCUCGUUCGAUCAGCGGGUCGCCGAUGUUAACCUCAUUAAGGAGAAGCACCCUAACAAGGUGCCCAUCAUUGUUGAGAGGUACUACGCUGAGAAGCAGUUACCACUGCUGGACAAGAGCAAGUUUUUAGUGCCCGAUCAUCUGUCAGUCACUGAACUCAUUAAAAUCGUUAGGAGGAGAUUACAGCUAAAUCCCACACAGUCUUUCUUCUUACUGGUAAAUCAGAGGAGCAUGGCCAGUGGUAGCACCACUAUGGCCCAGCUCUACCAGCGAGAGAAGGAUGAAGAUGGAUUCCUGUAUAUUGUGUUCGCGAGUCAAGAGGUCUUUGGUUAGCAACAGAGGUACAGAAGCAAACUGGAAGCCUUCAGCUCAAUCUCUGUGUUGGUUUUUUUAUUCUCUAGACAAAGAGGCAAAGAUUUCUUUGCUAUGCAAAAACGGAGUAUCAGCGUGUGUUGAUCUGAUACUUACUAUAUCACUGAAGGCAUUGUAUCUAUAUCAAAAUAGUAUAACAUAUUCCUUUUCCUCUAGAGGAAUUUACCUUUUUGAGUAGUUCUACGUAGGAGUCUCUUUAUUAGGCAAUGCUCCAUCCCAUGUGUCUCUCUUUAUCUAUAUAUUUACUCAAUACCGUUUAUUUUGUACCUAAUGUUUAUAUGUAAUACACAUGGGAUGUUGCACUCAUAGUGAAGUCAUCCAUAAUUCAAAACAAUACCCCUGUGCCUUUGUUCGGUCUUGCUCUCUUCUUUGCAACAUACCGUCUAUAUGUGUAUUAUUCUAUAUAAAUGAAAUAUUGAUAAAAACUUAAGCGAUGAAUGACAGAUAGAGGAUUGGCUGUGUUCGUUAUUCUAACUGAUAACGUGAAUGUAUAAUGCUGACAUUCUUUACGAAAUAAAUAAAUCUGUGUCUUUUGUAA